AGGUCUGUAUGUACAGUCCAGCACUAAAGUUCGUAAACAGAAUACAUAGAAUGCAAGUUCAGGCUGUUCACGAACUUUAGUGCUUGACUGCAUGUGUGUGACAACUUGAGUUUUUGAUGAUCAAUCGUUAGAAAAUUCAACAUAAAUACGGUGAAAUUUGUCGAUAAAAGUCCGAAAUUUUGGCUCAUGGUAGCUAUGAUUAAACUUCACUUUGGUGCGCAGUUUCAGUCCGAUCGGUCCAGUAGUUCCUGAGAUAUAACAAUUUCUUUAAAUUUCGUUUUUUCUCAAAAUCUACUCGCCUCGAUGGCCUCUAUCCAAACAAAAUGAAGUUAAAAUUCGCGGUUUAUCUGUCCUUGGGACAUGAUAUACUAUUUUUUAUGAUAUUUAUGUGUCCAAUACUGCGUCUUCGUCAGUCGGAAUAAAAUAAACAAACAUUCUCGUAACCGAAAAUUGUAAGCUUUUCGAGGUAAUGUAAAAAAUGUAAAAAAAACCGUCGAGGUAAUUUUCGUAAAUUACAACGGUGAAGGACGGUGUCAUUACCAGCGUCAUUUACACGUCCAAGCCUGCACUCAAACCUUCUUUCGAAAUUUCGCGCGGGAAUGAUGGGCUCAACAAUGGCGUCGUGACGCCUCUGUACUUGCAAAAAUAAAGUUCCUAGAAUUGCAGCCAUUCGUCCACGGAAAACAUCCAUCAGCUGAUUGUCAGUGAUACUUUGACAGAGUAAAAAAUUACAUUCAGCAUAAAAAAUUGGAGAAUGUUGUCAAUGGAGAGAAUCCCUGACCAAAUUGGAUACCUCGUGCUGACUGAGGAUGGAGCAGUACUUGCGUCUGGCGGCGAACUUGAAAAUGACGAGUGGGUGGCCAAUAUCGUGACUGGCUUAGUCACAAUGACUGAUAAGAUUGAUCCAAACACGCUUGUUGGUAACGAAGCCUUCAAUAAAAUUUCCAUCGUUUAUCUGAACCAUUGCUACGUUAUUUGUUUAUCGAACAAAAAAAUUCAUGUGCUGAAGAAGAAAAUCCGCCCCUCCAUCGCUAGCCAGCCAAUUGCAGAGCAGCAGAGUCUCAUAGAAAUUUAAGAAAUUGAUCGAUUAUUAAGAGUCUGAACUAAGUUAUUCAUUUUUCAUCGAAGUGGUUGAAUGUUAUUAAAAAGUAAAAAAGAGCAUUUUCGCGGAUUCUUUUUUAAUUUUGAAAACAUCUCAGGAACGAGUGGUGAAUAGUAAAUAAAGGGCCAUUUUUUCGUUUCCUUCCAAAAUCAUUCGUUCCUGAGACGGUUUUGUGAUUUAAUAUAGGAAAGUUCGAAUUUAAUUUACAAUGAUCAACAUUGAAUCCCAUCAAUCCACAUUUUUACAUAAAAAAAUUAAUCUAAAAAACUGAUUUUUUUUAUUCUCAAAAUCAAUUGAGAAUGUAAUCAAACCAUCUACACCAGAACGAAAUUAAAUUUCCAAUGAAACAAUACUCACUUUUAUCAACUAAUAAUGUAUUCAAAAAAAAUCCACCAUUCACAAAUAUAUUUAAUCCACAAACUA